AUUUUUGACAGUGGCCAUCGUUUCUAUCGAAAGUGUCAUAUUACUGUUGACUCAAAACAUCUUUCGUGUAUGUGAGCAAAGUUUGGGUGAGAAAACGUAGUAAUCCAUUGUAUUUGUAGCUGAGAAAGAUAGAAAGAAAAAAGAAACACCGACAAUUAUUCAAUCUCUUGAUUAAAUUUAUCUAGCUCAAAAUGUCACAAGAAGUAGAAGAAACCCUGAAGAGAAUAGCAUCGCACAAAGGCGUUGUUGGAACAAUUGUUGUCAACAGUGAAGGCAUUCCAGUCAAAAGUACAUUGGACAAUUCUACAACAGUGCAAUAUGCCGGUUUGAUGAGCCAAUUGUCGGACAAAGCAAGAAGCGUUGUACGUGAUCUAGACCCAGGCAAUGAUCUCACCUUUUUGCGGGUUCGUUCCAAAAAGCACGAGAUUAUGGUUGCGCCUGAUAAGGAUUUCAUACUCAUUGUCAUUCAAAAUCCAAGCGAUUAAUUUUCUUUUCUUUUUUUAUUUGAAACAAAUGAAAUUUAUACACACAAUCCAACAUUUAUUUGAACUAUAUGCUAUUUUACGAUUUGAAGAGAGCAACACGGAACACUUUUUUCUCUCGUCUUGGCUCCGUGGGCACAAAUCAAACAUCGCUUUCUCUCCUUUAGCACAUUUAAAUGAAAAUAAAUAAAUAAAUAAAAAAAACGAAAUAAAGUAAUAUUAACCACAGCCAAUAGACGAAACGCGUGUAAUUGUGCAUUAAGAUUGUAGAAAUUAAGAUGAAUAAAAUCACUAAUUUAUCAUAUGGAUCAAAA